CACGCUGCGUGCGCAUCUGCCCUACAGCCUGGGACCAACACUGCAGUCUGAGGGCGGAACUGUACAGUUAUGGCAUGGCGACUGCUUCAGAUCUAGUGGCUGGGAAUACUGACGCGGUAUAUAGCGCCUCGACAAGCCUCAACUUUAACCACCAACCAGAUUACGCGAAAUUCUCCUCCUACCAGGGUUAUCGUGCUUGGUGCCCGUUAACAGUACAUGGUAGCCAUUGGCUUCAAAUCUGCCUUGGUCACGUGACUCUCGUGACAGGAGUUGUCACGCAACGCCGAGGAGAUAGUUACGAAGUGUGGGUGACGAGUUUCCAAGUGUCUCAUAGUCUGGAUGGAACUAAUUUCCAAUAUUACAAUGAAGAACCAGGAGGGGCAAUCAAGACAUUUUCUUGUGGAUCGCAAGUAACUACGGCCUGUAAGACCAUCUUCAUGUCAUCGAUCAAAGCAAAAUGCAUCCGGUUGCAUAUCCAAGCCUGGAAUACCCAAGCCGCCGGUGAAUACCUGUGCAUGAGAGCUCAACUAAUUGGCCAUAUUAAGGAGACAGUGGGCGCGCCUGUGUUCUCCGAUGUUGCUAGUGACGUCACCGCAUACCAACACGAAGAUGUCACCCUGUCUUGCAACUCUGCCGGCGAUCUGCCAAUCACAACUUCUUGGUCACGUGACGACCAGGUGUUACAGACCAGUACCUCUCAGACAAACCUGGCGCUGAGUAACGUGACAUCCUUGCAGACUGGGCACUACAAGUGCACCGUGACAAACGCGCGUGGAUCAAACUCAAGGAUUGUCCAUCUUCUCGUCAAAGAGCCACUGAGCAUGUGUUCUAACUACGUCACACUCGCGGACGAUUCCCGCCUUUCCUCACGCGUGACCGCUACGCUUCAAACCGAUGACGUCAGCCUUAACGAGUCAAACUGGUACCUCCUUACUGGACAAACCGGUUACUACCGGCUUCCAGUGCGCGCCGUUCCCGAGGGUCGAUGCGGCGCCACGUCAUCUGGCUGGAUGAAUGGUGGGCACCCUAGCGUGCAAGACGGCGUCGUCAAGAGGACUGUCUGUUUCCAUAGCAACGCAGAGGUGUGUCGCUACAGCGUGACGAUCCUUGUGCGCAACUGCUUCGGAUAUCACGUGUACAGAUUCAAGAAAUUAGACGCCUCCUGGAACGCUCGGUACUGCGCUGAGAAUUUCAAUGAAGGUGGGUUCGACAAGCCUGAAGUGCGUCUCUUCUCCAGUCCCCCUCUCGACUACGUCAAUACCCAAGGAGACGGUCAUAUGACCCACAGAGAGUACCACGUGACAAGUGACUUCGCGUGCAUGCAAUAUUGUAUGCUACAUCCGGGAUGUCGCACUUUCAAAUAUGAUGCCUCCCUGAUGACUUGCAUGCUCAGUAAUUCCACUACCGAUGACCAGACGAUUCUGAGCCAGGCUGUGGUUUUUUACGGUCAGACUGGCACGUAGCUAGAGGUUGUCGUACGGGGAGAGGAGGGGGCGGUCGUGCAUCAUUCUCCUCUGGACAGCAUCUUCUACUGAAGUCACCAAAUCUGAGUUUCUGCAUAUAAAUGUGCCCCCAUCGCUCCACCCCCCAUACCAAAUCCUGGACACACAUCUGUUGGGAGUUGUUUGAAUAGUUUAAAGCGAUCAGUCAGAAAGGUUUAGAGAAAUUAUGCAUGUGUAGUAGAAUUAUUUAUAACGUCAGCGAAUGAUCUGUACAGCGGGAGGUAGCGGAUAUUGAUUCACCUUCCCGCUACUUCCCACAACUCCUUGUGGUGCGCGCGUGAAACCGAGGACAGGCGUCAAAAUUGUAAACAAGAUGGUAAGGUUUGUUUUUAUCCUCGGUUUCACGCGCGGGUCGCAAAGAAAUGUGGGAAUAAAAGUGGGGAAGGUGAAUUUAUUUUGCAUGUUUGUUCAUGCUGUCAUGCGCACAAUAUCAUCCUACAGUUUACACGUAAAAGAAAGCCUUAUAAUUAUAAUCAUAGAAACAAUAAUCCAGCCUUUAUAACUAUAAUCUUAUGAUUGUUUAUAAGAAUAACAAUGCAUGCUGCUUCAACAUAAAAUAAAGAGAGACAAAAACAC